AUGCCUUCACCGGCAGAGAUCCUAGCUGGGACAAGCUCAUCAAUAGCCAGGCUCGCUGCCUUCAUCUUUUUGAGAUGGAUUCCUGGUCACCUUUUCCCUCCCAUCAUUCUGUCCACAGUGGCUAUCUACCUCGCCUUCGUUUUUAGCCAGUCUGAAGCUUUCGGCUCUACAAGACCUACACCGCAUGAAACACCGCCCAAGCCGAUCUCACAUCCCGAUGGCCACGAGCAAUCGAAGGAACAAGACCGGAUCAAUGAAGACCAUGAGCAACCCGCCUUGUACGGGGAGGAGAAGUCAUUGUUCAAGAUCUUACUCUUUGGAAUACCAAAUUGGCGCGAGACAGGAUGGAGCUACGCAACUAUUGGAGUGAACGUCUUGUUAGCAUUUUUCACGCUUGAUUUGAUCUUUCGAGGGCCUCUUCUCCAUCCGGCCAAGGACUUGAGUUUCACUCGCGUCGGCUAUGUCGAUUCGACGUCUGCAAAGGUCUUGAUUAGAGAACCGAAUCCGGCCCAACUUCCAAUGUAUGUAUACCUGUCACCGGCCGACAAGACCAGCUGGACAACGACAGACACGAUCUACUACCUGGGCCCGGAUACGGAUUAUACUCACGCCCUCACCUUUGACGGUCUCCAACCCUCGAAGAAGUACAUCUACUCCUUGUCUAACGACAAAUCUGGCACCUUCGUUACGGCUCCAUCGCCAUACUCGGAGGCCGCCAAUAGCUUGACGUUUCUCACUUCGUCUUGCAUGAAGGCCAAUUUUCCCUACAGAGCAACAGCUCAUUCUCUGGCGAUUCAUGGCUUUGAAUACUUGUCUAAACUCGUCGGCUCCUUAUCUUCGCCGGCCUCAUUCAUGCUUUUCCUGGGGGACUUCAUCUACGUUGACGUGCCACUCCGUCUAUCAUCCUCUCUGGCACAUUAUCGUUCGGAAUAUCGACGUGUCUACGCUUCUCCGUCGUGGUCAUUACCCGGCCUUGAUACUCUACCCUGGAUCCACACGCUCGACGACCAUGAAAUUGCCAAUGACUGGUCCGGGGGGAACGAUACAGAUCCGUUUCCGGCCGCUUCCGAUCCCUUUAUCCAUUAUCACGUCUCUGUGAAUCCGCCAGUCCCCCCAGGCUCUCCGAAUGGGUUGGAAACAAAUACUACAUACUUUCAAUUCUCCAACGGUCCAGCCUCAUUCUUUAUGCUCGAUACGCGGCGAUAUCGGACUGACCCGGAACCACAAUCGGCCCGGUCAUCAGCAUCGAGCUCGGAAAAACCUCUGUACAGCUCCGCUCUGGACUCCUCUAAUCCACCCUCCGACCCCGAAAUACAUACAAUGCUAGGCGUUCAACAGCUUAACUCCCUCCUUACGUACCUCUCUGAACCCGAGCCGCCACAUGUCUACUGGAAAAUUAUCGCCACCAGUGUUCCCUUCACGAAGAACUGGCGAUUUGGCACAUCCGACACCUGGGGGGGAUUUCUCAGGGAACGCUCCAUAAUCUUGCAGGCCAUGCAUGAUGCAGAGCGCGAACUUGGCGUUAGAGUAGUUAUCCUCUCCGGAGAUCGCCACGAAUUCGCUGCCAUAAGAUAUCCGCCGCCAAUCCUCUCCCAAGAUCAGGACCAAGACCAGGUAGGGGAUACGAUCGACUCGUCCAACCCACCCACAGUCGAAUCGAUCUCCAAGCCUGUCGUCUAUGAAACGACGCCCGCUGCCGGCCCGCACGAAUUCUCGGUGGGGCCCUUGUCUAUGUUCUAUCUCCCGUUCCGGACGUUCCGCCAGACUGACAACCAAGACGUCGCCAUUCAGUACAUUCCCGAUGGAAACAGUAAAAUCGGCCUCAUUGAAAUCCGUAAUCUGGCGGGUGAUGCGGGGGGCGAAGGGCAAAGGAGCUUGUUGAAGUAUAGUUUGUUUGUGAAUGGGGAGGUGAAGUGGGAGUACAUGCUUACGAGCCCGAGUCCGAGCUCGGCUGCGGGAGUACAUGGGCGUGAAAGGAGGAGGACUCGAAAUGGCGCGGGUGCAGGUGUGAGAGGAUGGGCACAGAGAUUGGGACUGCGUGGUGGUGCAGGGCGAGGGCGGUCAUUAUGGGACUGA